CAAACCUCAACUCACAACAACUACAUCGCCCACCCACCCCACCAUCCCUGCAGACACUCUAAUGUCGGAACUCGAACUCCUUGAACAUCGCGGCUCGCCGCCCCCCAAUGCCCUUACGGAGGAGAACCUCAACACCCUGAGCCCUGCCCAUGAGGAGGCUUCGAAGGCAUCGGACAAUGAAUCCGUUCUUUCCGAUAUUGACGAAGGAAUCUUCCAAGAGUUUGACGACUCCCUCAUCGGCAGGAUUGUGCCCAUCGACGAGGAAACCGUUCACACUAUUGGAAAGUACAAAAAGAAGCUUGAUCCAAAUCAACUCGCAGAGAAGUCUGGCAAAAAGGAGAAGAGGAGACGGGAUAUUAAGAGGAGAAGGGACGAUGUUGAAGAACGCACUGGCGAGUCGGAGCCGCAAGAACAGGAGCUGACUGCUGAAGAGAAAGCAAGGAGGGAGCUUGACCAGCGCAUGGAUGCUGCCCUAAAGGGUCCCAAGAAGAAGAAGAAGAAGGGUGAAGAUCUUGAGGAAAUGAACGACGACUUGAUCAUUGCUUUGAAACAACGUAUGAUUGACGCCGCAAACCGUGACCAGGAGGCGAUCGUCAACGGUCAACAAGCUGUGCAUAAGUUGGCGAUGCUUGAAGAGGUUAAGGACAUUCUCCAACGCCCAAAUCUUAUGGCGACUGCAAUGGACAAUAAUCUCUUGGAGGCUAUGAAGAGAUGGUUAGAACCUCUUCCUAAUAAGGCUCUUCCAGCAUACGGCAUCCAAAAAGUCAUGUUUGAGAUUAUGGGCAAGAUGAAGAUCACUACCGACUACCUUCGUGAGAGCGGUAUUGGGAAAGUUGUCGUGUUCUACACCAAGGACAAGAGGCCUCAGUUACAUAUCAAGCGCGAAGCCAAUAGAUUGGUUAGAGACUGGUCUCGUCCUAUCUUGGGCAGAAGCGACGACUACCAUUCUAGAGAAAUCCCCAUGGCUCAUAACGGGCUCGUAUACCCGACCCGAGAUCCUCACUCAAGUCAGCGCGGCGAUAAUGAGGAAGCCAACCCUCUCGCACCUCCUGAUCGUAAUAAGAACCGCACUCGCGUUCCUCAAGCCAUGCCUCGCUCAUACGAGAUCGCUCCUGCCAGCCGUGUCGUCCAAGGACACAAUGCAUACGCCAGACCUAUCGGCGCAGCAGGGGACGAUAUCAUCCGUCGUAUGAAAGCUAAGAAGCAAGCGGCUAAUAAGGGGAAAAAGAGCGGUAUGAUCAUCGGUUAGGUAAUUGGCGGGGCGUUUGGGGAAACGGAUUUGGCUUUUUUCUUUCUUUUUUUUUGUUACAUUUUGUUCCGUUCUUUUCACUUUUUUUCUUCUCUACCUCGUUUUACUUUACCCUCCAUGUCUUCAUAACUUUGUCAGGUGGGGGAUUUCCCAAUUUUCUAAAAAUCGGGCUUCUGUUUCUUAGGUGGCUACCAAGGUUAGAAUGUAUUUCAUUACAGGCAUCUGUUGUUUCUUGUAUCAAUGGCUACCCUAGUUCCAUUACGAAAUUAUCAUUCAUGUCAGUGCUGUGCGAGCACGAUAUCAUAAUAUUAUUAUGAAUGUUAGACUA